GCUGGGUGUGGGGAGGACUCAGAGCUGAAUAUGGGGAGGAUUCAGAGCUGGGCAUGGGGAGGACCCAGCACUGUGUGUGCCCGGGGCGCUGGCCAGGCGUCUGCUCUCAAUACCUGGGUCAGACAAAGAAAAUGGUGUUUGCCAGCCAGGCUCGCUGAAGUCACAAGUUUCCGGGUAUCAUGCGGCGCCCUGGAAUUCCUGCAAAAACGCACCGGCUGGGGGGUGCUGCCUGCCAUGCGCACCCAGAGGCGCACCCGGCCUUUCACAUUAGAAGCUUCAGCACCAAAUUGAGAAACUAUGUGAUGGUGGUGGGUUUCGUGAGAAGUGACUGGCUCCCCUCUGAGAGAAGAGCCCGAAUCUGUCUCCUCCGGAUGUAUCAAGGCCCGAAGACAGCAGAGCAGCCGGCCAGCAGAUAUGAGGAGACCGUGUCAGCACCCUGCACAAGCAUGAUCUCCACCAUGGUUGUUCCGCAGCUCGAGAAGGAGGUAGAUGCCCAAGACACCCAAGGACGCGCCUUGCCCGUGGCCGGCUCCCUCUCUCGAUGCCCUGUGGGCCCCCGGGCCUUGGCACAAAGCAGCAGCAUCACCAUCAGCAGGGCCUUGCUCUGCCUUCCGGGCACUUUGGGGAUGAAGACACUGCCCAUACCACCGCACCAGGAGACGCCAGACAGUGAAUCCCAGAAGGGCUUUGCGUCCAUCACUAUCACGGCCAGACGUGUGGGUGGCCCUGCUGGGGAGUUGAGGUGCUAUGAGCACAGAGAUGGAGAAGCCCCUACUGGGGACCCAGAGACUCUGGCCAGCAGUGUAAAGCCAUUUGGGCACUCCAAACCUUUUCCUGGAGACCCUGAGAUUCCGAUCAGGAGUGUCAAGCCACUUGAGCACUACAGACCUUUUGCAUGCACGGAAUUCUCCAAAAGCAGCUCAGUGGUCAGACUGAGGGUCCCACAGAGCCCAGUGGCAUUAUGUGGGGACCAUGGGCGCUGUUGGAUCACUGACACACAGCACAGUGAAGACCGUCUGUCUGCAGAUGCUCCCUCAAUGUCGGUGGGCAAGGGGCCGCUGGUGUUCAGUUCCUGCGUGCAUAUCAGGGUGUCCCAGCAAGGACCCAACUCCACCUACCAACUCGACAGGCCCCUCUCCCAUCCCAGGCCGCAACCUGCAAAUGCAACAAGCCCCAAAGCGCAUCGAUCGGUCCUGUCGCUCCACCUUCGCUGCAGUUCCCACAACCUGGCACCAGAUGGCGUCGGCGGCACAGAGAACCGGGAGCCAAUGAGCUGCGCCCUGGCUCGCGGGCAGCGGAGCCUCCCGGGUCCCCGAUGCUGGUCCCCAGGUUGGCAGCCAAGUUGGAGGCAGGAGAAGCCACCCUCCCGGCGGGAGCCUCUGAGGGCCAGCACAUGUCCUUGCGGGUGUUCCGUGGCCAACGCAGACUUCACAGGUGCAGGAAGCAGCCCGGUCACUGGAAGGAAAGGGACCGGGGAACUGGGCACCUGCCCCGUGUCGGGGGCCCACGCUGGCCAGCUGUGCAUCCACAUUCCCGGCUGGAGCUACAGGGCAGUAGAAACAAAGGCACCUUCUGGAAGCACCAAGAAAGAGCCAGAACAAGCCCCGGACUUGCUUUCAGCUGCCCCCACAGCCCAGCCCCAGACAAUGGGGUUCCUCCCCAAGAGGCCUGGAGCUCCAAGCAAUGGUGCUCAGGCUAUAUGCUCCUCUGAUCCUUCAGAAAGCCAGGGACAUGGCUCCCUCCACCCCAGAAUCCCUUUACCUGGCUACAUUUGCCCCUUGCGAGGGCUGUGCCCAGCCAGCCCCGAGGACCUUGGUGUUGAGAUAGAAAGAGAGUCCCGCACAGGAGACCACAGCGGCUGCGACCUCGUUGUCACAAUUCAGGGGUGCAAGAAGAACCAAGAUACAGCCAGAUCAGAGUCCACAUUGGUGCCCCCCAAGGAGCCAGAGGUGCCCGGACACACUGAAGCCCCCUCUGAAGGCCAGCAGGUGGCCCCAAGCUCACUGACCUUACAGGAGGCACUGGCAUCGAGGCGCCCGCAGUUCAUCUGGCGCUCACAGGCACGGCUGAGGCAGCUGGAGCACCGGGCACAGCAGCGGAAGGCACAGCAGGAGGGCACUGAGGGGCCCCGGCAGAGCGUCCAGCCAGCCCCCAGGAAGCACUUCACUGUGCCACAUCCUAUGAGCGACAACCUAUUCAAACCCAAAGAGAGAUUCAUUUCAGAGAAGGAGAUGCAUCUACGUUCUAAAAGAAUUUAUAAUAACCUUCCGGAAGUGAAGAAGAAGAGGGAAGAGCAGAGGAAACGGGUCAUCUUACAGAGUAACAGGCUCCGAGCCGAGGUCUUCAAAAAGCAACUGCUGGACCAGCUCCUCCACCGCAGUGCAGUCUAACCAGCAGAGCCUGAGCCCGCGGCCCUUGGCCCAGGAUGCCUCCACCGCCUGCUAAGCCAUUAAAUGUCACCUCUCACCAAGACUCACAACAACCCUUCCUGGACUUGAGAUUUUUUUUUAAUCAUCAAGGAAAGCACAGCACCCAGAACUGCUGCUCCAGCUCCAACAGAAGAAAAAUGGGACAUUCUGGGGAGGCCCUAGGCACAGCUCCCUCCCCUAUUUAUUAUUUUUAACUCAUGAGCUUGGCCUUUGGCUCCUGGUCCCACACACCUUUGGACUCUAGAAGAAAAGCAGGACCAAAUCCGGCCCUUUGAAACCGCAAUGCUAACCAAUGUUAGCAGGCUCUGAUCUAGUGCCUGGAGCUCUGGGGGGUGGAGGGCACUUCUCUUAAUGGUCUAGGACAGACCUCACAGAGCACUAGUUCAAGCAGCUUCCCAAAUCCCCUCUCUUCAUUUAGUGGCUAUUUCCACAAAAGCACGAAAGGAAAGAGAUGGGAAACACCAUCAUUAAUUCUCACUGGGCACUUUCCCCACCCCCGAACUGGUUUAAUCUAAAAAUUGGUUGGAGGGCUCCAAGGCUGUCACUGAUUUUUCCAGCUAUUUGCACUGUCUGGUAUUUAUAAUGUGAGUUUGGGGAGCCGAGAACCACUAGAUUUGAUCAAAUGCGGAAAUAAAGGUGUUCCUACCAAAACAGAA